CGGCUUGUCCACCGCCAGGGCAGGCCGGCGCGGGCCGUGGGCCGAGGAGGCCGGGCCCCGGGGCGUCGCAGAGGCGCGGCGCCGGCGCCGGCGAAUCGGGCCGCUGCGUCAGCACGCUGGGAAGGGCCAAGGGCGGCCAAGAUGGCGGCGGCCGCGGCGGGCCUGGGCGGUGGUGCGGGCGCGGGGCCCGAGGCCUCGGACUUCCUGGCCCGCUACCGGCUGGUGUCCAACAAGCUGAAGAAGCGGUUCCUGCGCAAGCCCAACGUGGCGGAAGCGGGCGAGCAGUUCGGGCAGCUGGGCCGCGAGCUGCGCGCCCAGGAGUGCCUGCCGUACGCGGCCUGGUGCCAGCUGGCGGUGGCGCGCUGCCAGCAGGCGCUGUUCCACGGGCCCGGGGAGGCGCUGGCCCUCACCGAGGCCGCCCGCCUCUUCCUGCGACAGGAGUGCGACGCGCGCCAGCGCCUCGGCUGCCCCGCCGCCUACGGGGAGCCGCUGCAGGCCGCCGCCAGCGCCCUCGGCGCCGCCGUGCGCCUGCACCUGGAGCUGGGCCAGCCGACCGCCGCCGCCGCCCUUUGCCUCGAGCUGGCGGCCGCCCUGCGCGACCUGGGCCAGCCGGCCGCCGCCGCCGGACACUUCCAGCGCGCCGCCCAGCUCCAGCUGCCCCAGCUGCCCCUGGCCGCGCUGCAGGCGCUCGGCGAUGCCGCCUCCUGCCAGCUGCUGGCGCGGGACUACAACGGCGCCCUAGCGGUCUUCACGCGCAUGCAGUGCCUGGCGCGGGAGCAUGGCACCCACCCGGCGCAGCCGCCGCCGCCGCAGCCGCCGCCGCCGCCUCCCCCGGGGCUCCAGCAGCCCGCCCUGCCCGCCGCGCUGCUCGCCUCCAACGCGGGCCCCACGGUGCCCCCUCCCGCCGCACUGGGCGCCUUCUCCGACGUGCUGGUCCGCUGUGAGGUGUCUCGCGUGCUGCUGCUGCUGCUCCUACAGCCACCACCCGCCAAGCUGCUGCCUGAGCACGCUCAGACCCUGGAGAAGUACUGCUGGGAGGCCUUUGACAGCCACGGGCAGGAGAGCUGCGGGCCGCUUCCCGAGGAGCUGUUCCUGCUGCUCCAGUCCCUGGUCAUGGCCACCCACGAAAAGGACACGGAGGCCGUCAAGUCGCUGCAGGUGGAGAUGUGGCCGCUGCUGACCGCCGAGCAGAACCACCUCCUUCACCUGCUUCUGCAAGAGACCAUCUCCCCCUCUGGACAGGGCAUCUGAUGCUCCCCGCCCUCACCCCCCCACACCGAGUGACUUCA